AUGCUGGGGUUCGACGGUGCCCUGGCCGCGCCACGAUCGGCCAGGUUUGGUCAGGGUUCUGGUGAUGUUCUUCGUGUCAUUUGCUGGGGAACAGAAGGCAGCCUGGCCGACUGUUUAGGUGUGUGGCCUGACUCUUCCUGUGGGCAUCAUAAGGAUGUGGGCGCCGUGUGUUACUCAGGAGAUCCAUUCCAAGUUCGUCUUGUCGGUGGGUCUAACAGCGCUGAAGGCAGAGUAGAGGUACUGUACGAUGGCUCGUGGGGAAAUAUCUGUGAUGACAGUUGGGAUCUGAGAGACGCGAGGGUGGUUUGUAAAAUGCUGGGAUUUGAUGGAGCCUUAGCCGCACCGGGAUCUGCUAGGUUUGGUCAGGGAUCUGGUCCUAUUCUUCUAACUCGUCUUGCGUGUAAGGGAACAGAAGACAACCUGGCAGACUGUGCUCAUGCAGGGAUUGGAAAUUAUACUUCAUGCGGACAUGCCAGGGAUGCAGGCGUCAUUUGUUAUUCCGGAGUUCGUCUUGUCGGUGGGUCUAACGAUGCUGAAGGCAGAGUAGAGGUCAUGCAUAAUGGAUCCUGGGGAACUAUCUGUGAUGACAGCUGGGAUCUGAGAGAUGCGAGGGUGGUUUGCAGAAUGCUGGGGUUUGAUGGAGCCUUGGACGCACCGGGAUCUGCUAGGUUUGGUCAAGGUUCAGGGGAUAUUCUUCUAGAUGAUGUUUGGUGUUCGGGUACAGAAGAAAACCUAGCAGAAUGUCCACAUAGAGGGGUUGGAGUUCAUAACUGUGGACACAACGAAGAUGCUGGUGCCAUUUGUUAUUUAGGGAGUGUCUUUGGUCCGUAUUCUACAGAGACAGGUUUUGAGUCGAUCUAUAAAGACUAA